AUGUCUCAGAAGUCUGGCGCAACCCUGGGUCCAAUGCUGACAUGCGUACUUGGGGUGGUAACAGCAAUUGUCUCCGUCUACGAUAAGACAGGACUGCUGGACCUGGCCAAGGGCCUUGUCAAGCAAAAUGUCCGUCUUCUUGCGUCAGGUGGUACCGCGAAGAUGAUCCGGGAGGCCGGAUUCCCCGUCGAGGAUGUUUCCGCCAUCACCAAGGCUCCCGAGAUGCUCGGUGGCCGUGUCAAGACCCUUCACCCUGCUGUGCACGGCGGUAUUCUUGCCCGGAACAUCGAGUCUGACGAGAAGGAUCUUGCCGAACAGAAUAUCGACAAGGUCGACUUUGUUGUCUGCAACCUGUAUCCGUUCAAGGAGACCGUUGCCAAGGUCAACGUGACCAUCGAUGAGGCGGUUGAGGAGGUGGAUAUCGGCGGUGUGACCCUGCUCCGUGCCGCGGCCAAAAACCACAAGCGUGUGACUAUUCUGUCCGACCCAUCUGAUUACCCCGAGUUCCUGAAGGAGCUCGAGUCUGGUGAGAUCACCGAGGCUAGCCGCAAGCAAUACGCUCUGAAGGCUUUCGAGCAAACUGCCGACUAUGACACCGCCAUCUCUGGCUUCUUCCGCAAGGAAUACGCGGGCAACGGUGUGUCCCAGCUUUCUCUCCGCUACGGCACCAACCCCCACCAGAAGCCUGCUGCGGCUUGCAUGAUCCAGGGCAAGCUGCCAUUCAAGGUCCUUAACGGAUCUCCUGGUUACGUCAACCUGCUUGAUGCUCUCAACGCUUGGCCUCUGGUCAAGGAACUCAAGCAGGCUCUCGGUUAUCCCGCCGCUGCCAGCUUCAAGCAUGUCUCUCCCGCUGGCGCCGCCAUCGGCGUGCCUUUGAACGAGAAGGAGCGCAAGGUUUACAUGGUCGACGAUAUCAAGGGCAUCGAGUCCUCUGGGCUGGCCCAGGCGUAUGCCCGUGCCCGUGGUGCAGACCGCAUGUCCAGCUUCGGCGACAUCCUUGCCCUCAGUGACAUUGUCGACACGCCCACAGCCAAGAUCAUCUCCCGUGAGGUGUCCGACGGUGUCAUCGCCGCGGGCUACGAGCCCGAGGCCCUUGAGAUUCUCUCCAAGAAGAAGGGAGGCAAGUACCUCGUCCUUCAGAUGGACGAGAACUACACCCCUGCCCCCGAAGAGACUCGCACCCUGUACGGUGUCACUCUCACCCAGCACCGCAACGAUGUGGUGAUCUCCCCCAGCAAGACCUUCAACAACGUCAUCACCCCCAAGGGCGCUUCUUUGCCUGAAUCCGCGCUCCGUGACAUGACCGUUGCCACCAUCGCCUUGAAGUACACCCAGUCCAACUCUGUCUGCUACGCUCUCAACGGCCAGGUGAUUGGACUUGGCGCUGGCCAGCAGAGCCGUAUUCACUGCACCCGUCUGGCCGGUGACAAGGCCGACAACUGGUGGAUGCGCUUCCACGACCGAACCAUCAACAUCAAGUGGAAGCAAGGCACCAAGCGCGCCGAUAAGAGCAACGCCAUUGACCUGCUUUGCUCCGGCCAGACCCCCCGCACCGACGCGGAGAAGGCCGAGUACGAGCGUGUCUUUGAGGAGGUUCCCGCUCCCUUCACUCAGGAAGAGCGCGACGCCUGGCUGCAGAAGCUUGGCGAGGUUGUCAUCUCCUCCGACGCCUUUUUCCCCUUCAUCGACAACGUCUUCCGCGCUGCCCGCUCUGGUGUCAAGUACAUCGCCGCCCCGACCGGCAGCCAGAACGACGCCCCUGUCUUCGAGACCGCCGAGAAGAUGGGUAUCACCUUUGUGGAGCAGGGUGUGCGCCUGUUCCACCACUAA